AUAUAGAAAUGUUGCAAAUGAACAAAGAUAGAUCGGAAUUUAUGAACCUUAUGGAAUCAUUCAACCUCAAUCCAACUAUUAAUGAACCUACUAGAAUUACAAAUACAUCAAGCUCUUCAAUAGAUAACAUCUUUACAAACAUUAUGAAAUGGGAAAGUCUUGUCUUCGAUUUACAUUUAUCUGAUCACCAAGCACAAAAAUUAACCUUCCACCUGGACAGCAAUAAAAAUAAUAAUAUUUCUCAUCGAAGAUUUUUUGGACAAAAAGAGAAGGAAGAAUUUCUGAAAAAAUUAUUUGAUCAGGAUUGGAAUCCUGUGAAAGAGAUUGAUGAAAACAAUGUAAACCAGCAAUGGGAUACUUUUGUGUCUAUGUUUGGAAAUAUAUUCAAUGAAAAUUUCCCUAAAAAACCAAACGUUGGAAAAAAACAUAAAAACAUCUACAGAACACCCAAGAUAGAUGCUAUAAAAGCUAGACUGGAUAUUCUCUCCAUGUUGAAUAAGCAAGGCUAUUUAUUCACAGAGGAAUACAGGAAGACAAAAAAGGAAUAUGAUGAUGCAUUAGCUGAAGAAAAAAAAAGGAUUUAUGAAAAUAGAGUAAACAAGUCGGACAACAAAAGUAAAACUAUGUGGCAAAUAUGUAAGGAAAUCACAGGUUUCGUUAGAGAAGUGAAGGAUUGUCAAGUAGAAGGAACACCAGAGGAGGUUAGUGAUAAAUUUAAUGAGCAUUUCAACAACAUAGUCACCAACCUAAUGAAUAAUUUACCCAUAACAAAUGCAGAUUUUUCACAUAUGGAAACCAUUAAUAAAUCCUUUUAUCUAAAACCUACAACAUCUACAGAAAUUGAAAACCUAGGCAAGUCAAUAAAAAACAAAUUUAGCAGCGGAGAAGACGAAAUUCCCAUAAUUAUAAUUAAGUUAGCAUUACCAGCUGUCAGUGAAAUAUUGUCUGUCAUCGUCAACAACUCCUUCAAAUAUGGCAUCUUUCCCGAAUCACUGAAACUCGCAUCAAUAAAACCAUUAUUUAAGAAUGGAAAACCAGAAGAUAUAAACAACUACAGACCCAUAAGUUUACUACCAGGAUUUUCAAGAAUUUUUGAAAUGUUGAUGUCAUUGAGGCUGAUGAAUUUUUUUGUUGAGAAUGAGCUAUUUACCGACGCCCAGCAUGGUUACCUUCAAGGACGCUCAACUCGAACAGCAAUUUUUUGAUUUGUCCAAAGCAUACGACUCAAUAGAUACAAUAUAUCUCUUACAAAAACUUGAAUGUUAUGGUGUAAGAGGAAAUGCAAACAAAUGGUUGAAAUCAUUUUUAACAAACAGGAAACAGAGAGUAACUAUCACAAA